AUGACAGCUUUUACGGUUCUUUAUGAUAUUUUUCUCAUUCAUUGCUUGCUAAGCUUUUUAAUUGCUGUAAAUGCAUACAAGACUGCGCUUUAUCAUGUCAUUGGCAAAACAUCAAUUAUUGAAAGCGAGAAACACUUGAGAAGUUAUGGCGCCUUCCUUGUGAAAUUUUGUCUCGCUUGUCGGAUAUUUCAAGCAAAUCUAUCAUGUCUUCUCAACAAACCCACAAACAGCAAUUGUGGUGUUAUAUUUAAUUACUUGGAAAAAUGCCUUUUUAGGUUUUGUCGCUUUCCGGAAUGUUCAACCAUACAAGGUCAGAAGGCUUUAACAGAAUGUAGAGAAGUGUUCAGAAGGUUGCAUGAAAUUAAGAAAUCUAUUAAACAAAAAAAUAAUUAA